AAUGCAGCAAAAUCCUUAUUUAUAAACAGGCCUGAGAUAGUGAUAUGCAAACCCCCUGUACUCAGUGAAUUUUCUAUCCUAUGGAUAUCGGUCUUGAGAUUUGAGAUUGGAGAGCAGUACUGUCUGCACUGGGUCUGGCAGCCUCCAUCCUUUCAAUGCCCAGUCUCCUCUGGGACUGCUGGCCUUCCCUGGAGAUCAGAGCGGUACUGUGUGCCAUGGGCUGUAUUCAGAGCAUCGGGGGCAAAGCCAGAGUCUUCCGGGAAGGUAUCACGGUGAUUGAUGUGAAAGCCUCUAUCGACCCCAUCCCCACCAGCAUCGAUGAGUCCUCCAGCGUGGUGCUCCGCUACCGGACACCCCACUUCCGUGCCUCGGCCCAGGUGGUCAUGCCACCCAUCCCCAAGAAAGAGACCUGGAUCGUCGGCUGGAUUCAGGCCUGCAGCCAUAUGGAGUUCUACAACCAGUACGGGGAGCAGGGCAUGUCCAGCUGGGAGCUCCCGGACCUCCAGGAGGGCAAGAUCGAGGCCAUCAGUGACUCAGACGGGGUGAACUACCCCUGGUACGGCAACACCACAGAGACGUGCACUAUUGUGGGUCCCACCAAGAGAGACUCCAAGUUCAUCAUCAGCAUGAAUGACAACUUCUAUCCCAGCGUCACGUGGGCCGUGCCCGUCAGUGAGAGCAACGUGGCCAAGCUGACCAACAUCUACCGGGACCAGAGCUUCACCACGUGGCUGGUGGCCACCAACACCUCGACCAAUGACAUGAUCAUUUUGCAGACGCUGCACUGGCGGAUGCAGCUCAGCAUCGAGGUGAACCCCAACCGGCCCCUGGGCCAGCGCGCCAGGCUGCGGGAGCCCAUUGCCCAGGACCAGCCCAAAAUCCUGAGCAAGAACGAGCCGAUACCGCCCAGCGCCCUGGUCAAGCCCAAUGCCAACGACGCUCAGGUCCUCAUGUGGCGGCCCAAGUACGGGCAGCCGCUGGUGGUGAUCCCACCCAAGCACCGGUAACAGCCAGCGUGCCCUGCUAGGCUGGACUCAAAUAAUAACACUGCUCCAACAACA